AUGUUUGGAUUAGGUAAAUUACUUUAUGUUGUUGUAUUGACAAUCAACGGGAUUGCUGUAUUGAGUGAAGAAAGAUUUCUAAAUAGAAUUGGAUGGGGAUCAAGACGAUAUGACCAGCAAGCCAAUAUACAAUUCAAUCAGUUCAACACUGGCAUAGCUGUGAACGACGAAGGUUCAAUAAAGAAUAAAAUCAUUAAUUUGAUAAAUGCUACGAGAACAUUGAUGAGAAUACCUUUAAUUGUGUUAAAUAUUUUCAUUAUAUUAUAUGAAUUAAUAUUGGGGUAG